AUGUCUACUUCUGGCCAAUCCGGAUCUACGCAUUCGACCGACGAUGCGGAUGUGUCCGUGACGCCGCCCACGGGGGCUAUACCGACUGGUGUUGCUACUGAUGGGCGCAUAUGGGUGCAUCUUCAUGGCAGUGUUUUGAGGCCGAGUGGACCUAUUCGGGCUAGGGCUACUGAUAGCUUCCAAGGUAUGCCAGAUGCAAGUGGCACGAAUUGGAAGAAUUUGACUGAGGAGAUGAAGGACGUGUACUUCGACGAAUUUGUGAAAGCAUUUUGUUGGCAACAAGAUAAAUAUACCAGACACCAAAUUAAGAAGGCGUGGAUCUCAGAGGCUCGAGUAGCAUAUAAGGAUUACAUUUCUGCAUGCAAGAAAACCCUCCUACUACACAAGAAGAAGAUUGAUUAUCUCAAUCCUAUUGUUGAGGCUGCUUGGAGGGCUUAUUGGGCAUUGCCUGAAACUCAGGCAAGGUCUGCACAGGCGUCUAAGAAUCGUCGUUCUGAGCCUUGCGGUGUUGGUACAGGGAUGGCUAUCCAUCAUGGGGGGUCGCGUAGCGCUCUAGAUCAUGCUGAGCAUCUGGUAACUUUACAUUCUAAAUUUUAUUUCAAUGGAUUUAUGUCUAUUAAAUCGUUACUUUACUUUAACGUAUUUUUGAAGGCUCGGGAGAGCAAUAUCCCUUUUGACGCGGCGUCUUGGGCUACCUUUCGACGUAUCCAUUUUAAGAAUGGACAGUAUACCGCCGGACGACCUGCGCAGCACGGGUUGGAGGUCGAGAGGCGAGUGGCAGAGCUGCGUGAGAUACAGGGAGAGGUCACACCCGCCGACGUGGAUCGCAUCUUCCGAGAGGUAGUCACUCCUGAUCCGAAGGGGCGCAUCAUGGGAUUAGGUAUGAUGAUGUCGAAGGCGCUUACUUCAGGCGGCGGUGAGUCGAGCACCUCCACCAGCACCUCACACUUCGAUGCUCCUUCAAAGGCUGAGUUUACCACUUUGAGGGAGGAUCUUGACACCACAGCGAGGGCUCUGACCACAGCAGUGCAGGAGAUAGAGGCCAGGAGACAGAGAGAGGAGGAGCAGGCUAGGACUAUACAGGAGAUGCAGUCCCAGAUCGCGUUGCUCAUGCGAGGAUUUCGACCAUCCACCCCUUCUAAUGAGACUCACCCAGACCUUUGA